GACAGAAUCCAUCUCCUCGAAAAUUUGUCAACAAAAGCACGCGGAAGUUUUUUGCGCCUCGACACCGUCUAUCAGUGUCAGUAACCCACGGCAAAAUUGGUCCACUUUCCCAACGAAAAAACCAGCUAAAAUGAGCGAAACGAAUACGGUGGUGGAACCGGUCAAGCUCAAAACCAUAUCGGAGGGUAGCGCCAAACUGCUGGUUGGGGAACGCGUUUUCUACAAUCCGGUGCAGGAAUUCAACCGGGAUUUGAGUAUAUGUGUGUUGGCCACUUUUUCGCGGAUUUACCAGAAGGAAAAGCUCCAGCUAGCGCAGAAGAGGGCCCGGAAUGGAGAUCCUCCGGUUGAAGUGGUUCCACUGGUUGCCGGAGAGAAGUGUGAGAAAGGUCUACGAAUUCUUGAAGCGCUGGCAGCCACUGGGCUGCGAAGUGUACGGUACGCUAAUGAGAUUCCCGGUGUCAAGGAAAUCGUUGCCAACGAUUACUCAAAGUCCGCAGUGGAAUCCAUCGAGGAAAAUGUUCAACACAACAAGCUAGAACACCUCAUUACACCCAGUUUCAACAAUGCUAUGACGCUGAUGUACACAUCAACCCAACCAGAGCAACGGUUCACAGCCAUCGAUCUGGAUCCGUAUGGCACUCCGGCGCGUUUCUUGGACGGCGCUGUGCAGGCAGUCGAAGAUGGAGGAUUGCUUCUGAUAACGGCUACCGAUAUGGCGGUUUUGGCUGGUAAAUCACCGGAAGCGUGCUACGUUAAGUAUGGCUCGAUGUCGGUGAAGACUAAAGCCUGUCACGAGAUGGCACUACGAAUUUUGCUGCGAAGUAUCGAGUCAACGGCCACACGGUACGGCCGUUAUAUAGUCCCCUUGUUGAGUAUUUCGGUGGACUUUUACGUUCGAGUAUUCGUGCGAAUCUACACGAGCCAGCAGGCUUGUAAGAAAAGCAGCAGUAAGCACUCAAUGGUCUUCCAAUGUACGGGCUGUGAAUCGUUCACAUUGCAGCCUUUGGGAAGUUUGAAACCCAAUCCAACUCCAACGCAACCGGAACAGGUUAAGUUCGGAAUACCAACGGGGCCGUUCGUGUCCACCAAAUGUGAACACUGUUAUCAUCAACACCACAUGGGAGGUCCGAUGUGGUCUGAACCAUUGUACGACUCCUACUUCUUGGAAGAACUUUUAAGCACCAUCGAAAUGGAACCGUUCAAAAAUCUAGGAACCAUCAAUCGUAUUCAGGGGAUGCUUUGCAUGAUAUCGGAGGAGCUUCCGGACGUGCCGCUCUACUACACACUGGAUCGUAUGUGCAGCAUUCUCCGGCUGGAAACGAUUCCUAUGCUGAAUUUACGCUCGGCGCUGAUACAAGCUGGGUAUCGGGUAUCGUAUUCCCACGCCAAUAGGCUUUCGGUGAAAACCGACGCUCCGGUUAGCGUCCUUUGGGACAUUCUACGCUGCUGGGCCAAAACCCACCCGGUCAAAAAAGAACGUUUCGUCAAAGGAACACCGACCGAAGUGUUGCACUCCAAGGAACCUGCCCAAGAGUACGACGUCAUUACCAUCGUUAAGGACGCCCAACCUGUGAGCAAGAAAAAGUCGAUGACUAGAUUCCAGCAAAAUCCGACGCCACACUGGGGACCCGGAACGAGGGAUACACUGAUGGUAAACAACUCUCCGAUGAUCAAAAGUGUGCAAAAUCAAAACACCAAGAAAAAGCGAAGGAAGUUGGAAAAGCAACAACAAAACGAAUCGGAAAACUCCAAGGAAACCACCGAUUCGCCCGAAAGAAAACACCAGAAAACCACCGAUGUGACGGAGGACAGUACUGCGGAGGAAAGAAAAGAGUAGAGACCGCACAUGUGCAAAAAAGUGCACCAAAAUAAUCCGCAGGGGGAAAUCGAUCAAGCAACCCUGGAGACUUUUGUGUCAAGAAAUUUUGCUGUGCGUGCUAGAAAAGUUUACAUUUCCUAAAUUCUGUUACUGUAUACUCCACGAGUCGAGUACUGAACCAAUCUAAUAAAAUACAUUCUUACUGUUUAGAA